GCAACAGAUGUCUUUCUUGUCAAAAGUAUUAUGUUGAGUAUUUUAAAAAAUGUGUAUAUUUCUUUUAUUCUAGAUUUGAAAGAGAUAGUUUUUGUCAUUCAAAGCCAAGGAAACUCCUUCCAUGAAAGCCAUGCAGAAAAACAAAGACAGGAGAUUCUGCAGCAAGCUGCCAACUCUGAACAGAACCUCCCAAUUGUACUGCUUAUUCACAAGCUGUCAGAGAAUGAAGCGGGAUGGAGUAUUCUUCCAAUAAUGCCUCGCUUGUCUGAUACCUAUGGAAGAAAUUCAUCAUGGAUUUUCUUCUUCGAAGAGGAAACCACAGUAAAGAUUCCUAAACUUUUGGAGACCUUGAGGAGGUUUGACAAGGAUCAGGAGUGGUUUCUGGGGAAACCAUUGCAUGACGAAGAAUCAACAAUCAUUCACCACUACGCCUUUGCUGACAACCCUACUGUUUUUAAGUACCCUGAUUUUGCAGCUGGAUGGGCCCUGAGCAUGCCACUCAUAAACAGGCUUGCAAAGAAAGUGAAAGAUGAACCACUUAAAUCAGAUUUUACCAUUGACUUGAAACAUGAGAUUGCACUUUAUAUCUGGGAGAGUGGCAACGGUCCUUCCCUAACUCCAGUGCAGGAACUGUGCACCAAAGAAGAAGGUUCUCCCACUGCAAAAGACUGUGCGACUACGUUGAAUACAGACCUCCCUUUCUGUGGGGAUCCUGUUGACAAAAGGGACAUCUUUAUUGCAGUAAAAACUUGCAGAAAAUUUCACAAGGAAAGAAUUCCAGUUGUAAAGAAGACUUGGCAGAAGCAUGCUGCACUGAUUGAAUACUACAGCGAUCAUGCAGAUGCCGCUAUACCAACAAUCAACUUAGGAGUGCCUAAUACAGAGAGGGGUCACUGUGGGAAGACAUUUGCCAUACUGGAGAGAUUUUUGAGUGAAGCUAUUCCAAAAACGAACUGGCUGGUGAUUGUAGAUGAUGACACGUUGAUCAGUGUUCCAAGAUUGCAGAAGUUGUUGAGCUGUUACGAUGCAAAUGAGCCAGUAUUUCUAGGAGAGCGCUAUGGGUAUGGACUUGGGAUCGGGGGGUACAGUUACGUCACAGGAGGAGGUGGAAUGGUCUUCAGUAGAGAGGCUGUUGUGAGACUUCUUGAGAGCAAUUGCCGGUGUUACAGCAAUGAUGCCCCUGAUGAUAUGGUUCUGGGGAUGUGCUUCAAUGGUCUGGGAAUUCCAGUAACGCACAGUCCACUGUUUCACCAGGCAAGACCAGAUGAUUAUUCGAGGGACUAUCUUGCUCACCAGAUUCCGGUUUCUUUUCACAAGCAUUGGAAUAUUGAUCCAGUGACAGUCUUUAAUACUUGGCUGGCAGAAGAAAAAGACUCAGGAUCCGAACAGCCACACACAAUGAUUAGAGAGGAGUUAUAAUAUUUAGAAUACCACCAAAUCUACAAUAUCGUGAUACUUCAAACCUGAGAGAUGAAUGGUUAAACAGAAUAGAUCAUUGAUUUAAUGUCAGCUGCAGCCAGUUCACAAUACAUGUUCUUAAUUAAGCAAUGUUUUUUGUACAUUUGACAUUUCUUCAAUACCUCGUAAACCAUUUGAGAUACAGACUUCAAAUUGUGUGUUAUAGAAGCUCAUUGGAAAAUAUAACAACUAUGAGUAUUGUCCAAAAAAAAAUGAACCCAUUUGUGAUGAUCAUUUUAUAAAGCUGCUGAACUGUUUACUGUAGGUCCCAUAUGUCAGAGACCACUUGAGGUACUGACUUUAUACAUGCAGGGUUAUAAACCACCACAGGCUAAACGUGCCAAUGGUCUUGACAUUGGACUCUGAACCAAUAUGCUUGUUAUGUUUAGGGCAUACAAAUUUUUUUAGGUUUCUAGUGUCAUUCAGUUUCACUGCCACAUUGUUUUAACUGCUGACUAUGACAGUGAUGGAAAACACUCUCUUUCAAAUAGUGUCUUCACAUUUUGCACAUGCAGUAGCUGUUUUGAUUAUUCUCUUUUUAUAAAUGUCACAGUCCAACAAAAAAAAGAGCCACUUUCUUGUCACAUUUGUUGUAAGGCCAUAUCAAACCAUUUGAGAUUUAGACUUCAUAUAUGUUGCAUUAAAUAAAUACCUCCGGCAAAUGUGGCAGUGAGCCUUCUUGACAUCUGUUCUAAUAGGACUUCCCUAUCAGCUGUUAUGUAACAUUUCUAUUUCCUAUAACUUACUUUGAAAUAUUAUCAAAACCUCUUCACAGCUGUGUCCCGAUUCUCUUGUUCAGGUUGUAUUAUGGAGGCUACUGGCAAUGAGAUCUUGUCUUCAAACGUGGUACACAGCAGUGUCCUGUGAUUCUUGGUCACCUUGGUCAUUGAUAUCAACCAAUAAAUAUUAAGCAUUUUGUGGCCGAAUUAGUUUUAAAGGAGUGCAUACAAAGGUUUUUGUUUGUUUGUUUUAACCUGUUAUCAGCAUUUGCAGCAUUGUCACAGUCUUUUUAUACUUUAAUUCAGUUUGUAGGGUUUUUAUUUUUAAGUCUGUCACAUCACUGCUACUUCCUGGUAUCUAAUUUGAUUUAUUUAAAUCUUGUGCAUACGGUCAUAUGGCCCGGUUUUACUUAUGUAGCAGUAUCUUUUAAAUACCUGCAUGUUACAAACAUUCCAUUGAAAAAAAGAGCAAACAAAUCUUCCACUGAAGAAACGGUGCAAAGGAUAAUAUUGCUAAUUGGGUUUUAAAACCUUGCUUAGCACUCAAUUAACCUUCCACUUUCCAACCACUAAUAUACCAUGUAUUUGUUGUGUUAACAUUUGUGUUUAGUUCAACGUGUAAUAAUUAUUUUUUUAUAUAUAUUUAUACAAUACUUUGAA